AACCCAGGGGCAUCGGAUGAUCGAAACGAAGCUGGGAGAACUUCGAACGAGAGCUAGCAAGAUUGUUGGGAGCCUGAAGAAACUGCCUUGCUGAAACAGGAAUCCGAAUCCUAUUCGGAUUAGGAUUACGACUGGAACUCUUUACCUUUUCUGUUUCGUAUUUGAAUUCUGAUUUUGUUUAUGAUUAGAUCAUUAGUAUUAGUUUGUUAGGUAGCCUAGGUUUAUUUAAGGUCAUUCAAUUUCGUCGUAAACUCUACUUUUUGAUCAAUUGAAUACAAAGUAGAGCUAUGAUUCAUCUUGCUUGUUGGCUGGACGAAUCGAGUGAUUGUUUAGAAGGUUUCUAGGAAAUUGUUAGCUUGUAUCAAUAAGCUUAUCCUGCUGCUCGUGGCCAAGCCUCGUUUAUCUAUUUCAAGCCUUUCUCCGCGUGAAGAAUUGCACGAAAUCGACCGUCUCCAUUCAUCAUCUUUCACCCCUGUUUUGUUUGAAGUUUGAGAAUUGAGUUGAACUCAAUUCGUUGCUGUGCGAUUCUGGAUAUAGAGACCCAUCUAGGGCUCAUCAAGUGGCAUCAGAGCCUUGGUUGUACACAAGGACCAGGAAGACAUCGUCGAUGGAGGAUAGCGUGAUCGGGACAACACGUUGCACGAGAUCGAAGGGUCAUGUUUCUAGUAGGCAUCGAUGGCUGGAGAGCAACCCCUGACGUUAGCAGAGUUGCAGCGGUUCUUCCAUGCUCAAUUUGAUCACGUGAAUCAACAAAUGGCUAAGCUGCACCUUAGAACCAAUUGCCCUGCUCCGCCAGAGGAGGAAGUAGAGCACGACAGGGGACGAGGAGCCCAGCUUGGGGAACAGGUUCAGGAGGAGCUUAAUGGCGUGUUGGUGACACGAAUUGACGAGCUUGAGAAGAGGCUGGUAGUGGAUAUCCCAGAACAAGGAUGACAGCGACGAAGACCGCCAGAAGCAGAGCCUACCAUCCCUCAGGGCAUCAAAUUAACAAUUCCUCCCUUCGCUGUAGGGGUGCUAAACGGUAAUGCGGUUAACGGUUUAACCGAUAACCAUACCGAUAAGCGCGGCUAUCGGUUAAACUGGUAACCGAAGCACAGGGUAAUCGGCUGAGAAAUAGUGGCUAGCAGUAUACCGAGAUCCGAAGUGCAAAAUACCGUCGGCCGAUCGGUAUUUCCAACACCGAAUGGGAAUAGGCAAUGAAGCCGUCAACGACUAGGAUUUCUAGCAAUAAACCAAACGCCGGCCACCCAAAAAGACCUACUUAAUUAGAUUUAGACAUCCAACUAUCUAUUAUUCUAUUUGCGUUGUUCUUUCAGAAAGAUUCUUUCCCCUACCUGCUGCACGAGCACAAUCGCCAUCUGCCAAUCCUCCUCCAGUCCUCUGUUCAUCGAAUCCAGUAGUCAUCUCCAUCGCUGGCUCGCUGCCUGCUGGCGCAAGCUCCAUCCAAGGGCCAAGAGACACGACCUAGCAUCCCUCAUCCAGUCAUCCUCUCCGCCAAGCUCUGUUCCGUCAAGCCCCUCGCCGUUGCUUUGUUUCCGUCGAACCCCGGUGCCGUCGGACCUUAAUCGCUCGACCACUAUCGAGCGCAAAGCCCAGCAGCUCGUCCUCUCUGGCUCUCCGUCAAUUUGAGAGGUAAGUUGUGUAGCCGAGUAUCAUUCUUUCAUUCUUCAGUUUCAUAAUUGUUUGUUUCAUAAUCAAUUAAUCAUGGAUAUAGCCGAGCCGAGUUGUUCUUGUGUGUAAUGUUAAUGUAUAUGUAUUUAUCUUCAGUAUUUGUCGUGUAGAUUCGUAGGCGUAGCCGAGAGAAGCAGUGAAGGGAGUUUGUCUGUUUUGUGUUAUGGACAUAUAGAUAAUAUAUUGUAAUGUUUUCAGUAGCCUCGUAGACUCGUAGGUCAUAGCCUAGCAGUGAAGUGAAUUUCAUGAUGGCAUUAGUGCAUUACACUAUAUUUUUAUUUCCUUCCACUAGCAGACAAGAGGAAUAAGAAUUAAGAAUAAUG